AUGGGUGCGGGGGAUAAGACACAAACACCCUCUCGCAUCCCUAGCCGGAAGUCUGAGGCAACUCAAGCAAAACUCGCGACUACCACUGAGGCGCGUGGUCCUUCCGAAAAUGAAUCGCAGCUCAAAGAACGCAUCAAGGACUGUGACUGGUCUGAGCUAGAAAGCAGCUACAUGCAGAUGAUGGAAGAACAUGAAAAGGCCGAGGGGGAAUUAAGAGAUCAAAUCACAAAACUGCUUCAGAUUUUUACAUCUUGGUCGCAGACCACCGUCGCCCAUGAUGAGACUAGGGCUCUGAAAAGGUUCAGGACGCAGAUGAAUCAUGUUCAAAAUUCCGAGGAAAGCUUGGAGAAGAAGAGAAAUCAUUACAUGGAUGUUGUAAAGGCAUUUGAAAGUGCACUUGCGCUCUUAAAUGAUCGGGUCAGGCCAUGA